GAAGGACCUAGUUCCCCCGCCCUCCCAACUUAGUUUUUCCCCUCCCUCCCCUCUUUUGUACUUGUGUUUUUUCCCCUUCUACUUGGAUCUUUGUCGUCAUUCUCCAAAUCCCGGACAAAAAUGGUGCAGAAGAGAACAACCGAACUUAAAGGUUUCCAUCGUUCGUUUAAGGGCCAGAAUCCUUUUGAGCUGGCUUUCACAGUCGAUCAGUCUGACCACCUGGACUCAGUCUUCGGGUUUGAGUGCCCUACCCGCCCCGAUAUGCCUUCGAGUCAGCCCAUCGAUAUCCCUGAUGCCAAGAAGAGAAACAAGAAGAAGAAACGCUGCAGGGCCACAGACAGCUUUUCUGGGAAGUUUGAAGAUGUUUACCAGCUGCAGGAAGAAGUACUUGGAGAAGGUGCCCAUGCUCGAGUCCAGGCUUGUAUCAACCUCAUCACCAACAAAGAAUAUGCUGUGAAGAUCAUUGAAAAACAUCUGGGCCACAGCCGAAGCCGAGUGUUCCGAGAGGUGGAGAUGCUCUACCAGUGCCAGGGACACAGGAACGUGCUAGAGCUGAUCGAGUUCUUUGAGGAGGAAGAACGAUUCUACCUUGUGUUUGAGAAGAUGCGAGGUGGGUCCAUCCUGACUCAUAUCCACCGGAGGCGCCACUUCAAUGAGCUGGAGGCAAGUGGCGUAGUGCAGGACAUUGCCAGUGCCCUCAAUUUCUUGCAUAAUAAAGGGAUAGCACAUAGGGAUCUAAAGCCAGAAAACAUUCUCUGUGAAAGUGCCGAGCAGGUUUCCCCUGUGAAGAUCUGUGACUUUGACCUCGGAAGUGGAAUUAAGCUCAACGGCGACUGUUCCCCCAUCUCUACCCCAGAGUUGCUCACACCGUGCGGCUCUGCCGAGUACAUGGCUCCGGAGGUAGUGGAGGCAUUCAGUGAGGAGGCGACCAUCUACGACAAGCGCUGUGACCUCUGGAGCCUUGGAGUCAUUCUGUACAUUCUGCUGAGCGGCUACCCGCCUUUCGUAGGGCACUGUGGCAGUGACUGUGGCUGGGACCGUGGAGAAGCUUGUCCCACUUGUCAGAGCAUGCUUUUUGAAAGCAUCCAGGAAGGGAAGUAUGAGUUUCCCGACAAGGACUGGGCCCACAUAUCUUUUGGAGCCAAAGACCUCAUUUCCAAACUGCUGGUCCGAGAUGCCAAGAAGCGACUCAGUGCAGCUCAAGUCCUGCAGCACCCCUGGGUGCAGGGGCGUGCUCCAGACAACACUCUCCCUACGCCAAUCAUUCUGCAGAGGAACAGCAGUGCCAAAGAACUUACUUCCUUUGCAGCUGAAGCUAUCGCUGUCAACCGCCAGCUAACCCAGCAUGAGGAGGACGAGGCGGAGGAGAAGAAUCGACCAAUCAUCAUCCAAGCUACCUCAUGCUCCAUGCAGCUGUCUCCCCCCUCCGAAUCCCAGCUGGCUCAGCGGCGGCAAAAAACCAGCAUGACGAGAGCCCCGGUUGCUAAUCUCAUUGCGCCGUUGGUCCUCGUCAGUGAUCACAUGUAACUCUCCAGUUCUGCCUUCUGUCCUGUACCCUCCUAUGUUACAUCAUGUCUUCCUCCUGAAUGGUGGGGGCCCAGGAGGUUUUUUUUUGUUGUUUUUUGGUCGGUGGGAGGGGGUCAUUUGUUUUCAAAAGUAUCGCUGGCUAGCAACAAGAUCAGGAUUCGCUCCUUUUGGCUGGUUCCCAAGGUUGGCUGAUCUCGUGAGCUUGGCUUUUUGGGGGGGGAGGGUGAGGAAGCCGGGGGGGUGUAUGUGCAGGUGUUUGUGUUCUUUUUUUUUUUUCCUUACCAAAAUGGUUGUGACAAAGUGGAGAUAAUUGCUUAACCAGGACAUGUUCAAGGAUAUUUAACAACUGACAAACUUGCACUUGUUUCCUGCACCAAAGGAUAAUUUGUCAGCAGCUGCUUUGACUACCUGCUCACUUCAUAUGCUGUGAAAGACUGUCAAGCCUGCCAAAGGAGCGUCAUUUCAAUUCAAUUCGUCCAACCCCAGCCAACAUCCUAUUCAAGUUGGGGCGUUCCCCAUCCGGAUAGUUGAAGCUUAUGCAUUCCACAGCGCUCGGCUAUUGUAAAUCAUAUUUUGUUUUAAGUCUUCCGAAGACCAAUGAAGACUGUCAUGGAGGCAGUGCUGGGGGAGAAGUGUGUCAAUCCAAGCUGGGAAGAAACCCUGCAGCACCAGAGGGAGAAGGUGUUUUUCGUGCAGGCCCGUCAUUGGGCGUGGGGAGCUACACGUGACCUCUUCCCAUUUGAGACAAGCAUCGGUGCUGGGAGGUGGAGGGAGGGGCGGGGAGGCGUGGCUUGGGGAGAGACAGUUCUUGACAAAGUGCUCGAUGCAGAGGGCUCCGCUUUCUCGGACAUUGGCGGGAAGCUGGAUUCCUUGCCCAGCCAUGUAUCUGACUGGCCCCCAGGGAGGGGCCCCGGCUGGGAAGUGUUCAGGACGGGCUUGGAGCGGCCAGAGCGGAUGGUAAAACCGUUCCACCGGGAUGGGGGUGGCCUUUGAUUCCUCGGGGUUGGGCUGAGCCCAUCGCCACAGAUGAUGGCGGUCUCAGGCUGGAACUCGCUUACUGCCGGAAGAAAAAGAAUUGGAGCAAGGAGCUUGUUGCAGCGGUUCACCACGUGGGUUGGACACUUCUGGUGAUGGCGGGCCAAGGGAGGUGCAGCAGCAGGCCAAGCGGCUUCCACGACAUCUGGCCCUUGGGUCAGGGUGGGAAAGUAGCUGAGCUCCAGCAGCGGGCAGGGGACUCCUGGAUUUGAGAGGGGCUGCGGUUCUGGGAAGGCAGCAGGCACGGUUGGCCAGCUGUGGCACGAGGAAAUCCGUGUUGUGGCCUGCCUGCUGCUAAGGCUCCCUAGACUGGUAACUCCUGAGUCCCCGGAACAGGAAAAACAGGUGCUGGGUGGAAGCGUGUGGGCAGUGAAGGUGGUGGUGGUGGCGGAGGAGGAGCAGUGUAGCGGCAGCUAAAUACGCAUCCUCGGCAGCCACUAUCUCUGUGGGUGUGAGGCCAAGUCUUGUAGAAGACCCAGAAGCUGAGGGCUUGAGGAGUUAAACCUGGGAAACCCAGCCCCCUUUCAGGGGGCCCAUGAUGAGCUGGACAGGCCCAACCAGGCUUCCUACACACCUGCCCUUUGGGAUCUUUGGGCUAGCUGCAGCCCCACAGUCCACUCCAGCGGCAGGGGAAAUUCAAGCCCUUGAGCACUUGGGCAGAGCCUGUCAAAGCGCUGGUUUCCUGCCCAAACUUUUUUUUUUUGGUCUCAACCGCUCCUUUUGGCCCUCCUACCUUCCCAUGAGACUUUCAGGAAGACAAGAUGGGCUCGCUACAUUGCUCCAGUUUGGAUGCCUCUGUUGCAAGCUACAGGUUUUUUUACACUUUUGUCUGGGCCUUCGCUUCCCAAUCCGAUUUCCGAAGCUCCAGAGGAAAACGAUCUUUUGACAUUUCUCCUGGCAAUAAACUAUGCAAUAUGAAUUUUCUUUUCCUUCCCAGGGUGGUAGGUGGUCAUGAUGAAGUAAAGCAAGUAAGGUCCUCAGGUUUUCUUUCAAACUGCACUUCGGAAGCAGGGAAGCGUAUCUUGCCCUUGGUUUCUUGCCCGCUUUGGCUGUGACUGGGUUUCUGUUCACAUGUUCCUGUUAAACUCUGUGAACCUUCCCUUCUCUGCCCACUUAGGGGCAGUACAUAAAGUCUAAUGGAAGCAGAGUGUCUGGGGAUGAAUCCGGCCUCGACUAAGUGAGCAAGGACUUCUCAAGCCCAUGAUCCUGACUGUGCACAUGGAUUACAAAAAGAACCAUAGGAAAACAAUGGAAAAUGACCCUUUUUUUUUUCUGAAGAAUACUUGAAUGGCGUGUAAGCUCUCAGAACCCUGCGCUGAGCAGCUUUUUCCUUUUUUUUCUUUCAUUCUGGAGGCCGUGGGCUAUAUCAAGGUUUUUUGUUUUGACUGACACACACACACACACACACACAGCCCCCCACACCCCCAGCAGCAGUCUCCCUUACAGUCCUGGGUAAAGGCGAGGUACGUUGGGGCAAGUGUAGUGAUGUCGCAUUCACCAAGGCGAAGACAGGCUCAGGAUUUUCCCCCCACCUCUGCUUAGUGGGAUCGGAUGGUGAUGUUUCCCGAGACUGAAAUUCCUCCUUUCCCAACAUCCAGACCGUGUGGAAACGCUGACCGCUUCUCGGCGUCGUUUUCAGUUUAAAGCUCAGCCUUUGUAGUAUCUUCCAUGGAGAUUCAAAUUGUGUAUUUCUGUGUGUAGUGGAGGGACUGGGGAAGGGAUCCACCCCUGCUUUCUCAGCGUUCCAUCAGGAAUUUUUCAUUUUGGGGGUCAUUUUUUCCCUUUGCAGGUUCUGUCUGAACUUUAAAAUUCUUAGAAGCCUGACUGUGAAUCUGAGAAUAUUUAAAAGGGGGAUCUCUUCCUCACUUUGUUGAUGAAGACUGCCAAAGUUGAUUCUGAAUAAAUAUGUGGCGCACUGCUGGUUCGUAUAACUGGAGUCUUAAAAUGAGGCACUUCAGUUAAAUGUAAUAAAAAUGAAAAAAAAAAGCACUUUAUGAACUUUAUGUAAACUGAGACAGCUCCACCAUUUCCUUUAUAACAACAACAAUCAUAACUGACAAUGCCAGAAUUGCCAGAAUUUUGUAUUCUGUUUUGUAAGAAUUUAAUAAAUGCAUUGAGACAAUAUA